CCACAUUGGAGCCGGAGAGAUGCUGAAAGAUGCGUUUCGGUCAUUCGGCAUUAAGAGGCUCUCUGCGCUACUCCAUUUCCUUCUCCUGUUUUCUUCUUAGGGUGGAUGGUUGGGCAAAACAAACGUCAAAUUUCAAUAAAAUCCCAGUAGAAAAAAGCAGAAACUCUCGAGACUUUGUGAAGAGAAAAAGACGAUUAACAUAAGGGAAAAUCUGAAGCUCCCACCUUGACUCUCUACUCUUCCCACUCCAGAGAAGAAGAAAACAACAGAGGAAGGCGGUUUCUUCUAAUUUCCCUGCUAACAGCAGCAGCCCAGCUAUUAAACUCAGUUCAAGAACCGUACUCAGAUCUCUACUGCGCUCCUUUGUUUUUUCUGCAGAUCUCCCUUCGUCACACUACUUUGAAAGUCUAGGUCUUCCCUUCUGCAAUUUUUUUUUUGUUAUUCUCUUCAUUCCCGUAUUGGUUCUUCGACGAAUUUAUGCAGCUUUUAGGGGAGGUUUUUGGGUACAUGCAAUCAUGCCGUGAUGGGUGUUUCUCUCUUUGUAUUGAUUAUAAUUUUGUGGGGUUUUUUUUUGGUUUUCAGCAAUCGAAGGGCUUCUUUACAAUUUAUGAGUUUCCUCCAUGGCCAUGGAGGCGAAGGUUGCAGCUGAUGCUGAUACCUGAAGAACCAUCACUUUCGAAUUUAUUGGCUGUUAAUCGAGUGAUACUAAUACCUGAGUUGGGUUCCUGAGAUGGUUAGCUCUGCCUCCGAUGAACUCCACAACAGCAACGCAAAAGCCAUUGAUGCGUCGGUGGGCGGUUUAGUUUGGGUUCGCCGGAGGAACGGGUCGUGGUGGCCUGGUCGGAUUAUGAGUAUGGACGAGAUUGCGGAGGGUAAUUUGGUUUCGCCAAGAUCGGGCACUCCAGUCAAGUUACUUGGCCGAGAUGAUGCUAGUGUGGAUUGGUAUAAUCUUGAAAAAUCCAAAAGGGUGAAGGCAUUUAGAUGUGGAGAAUAUGAUGAAUGCAUCGAAAGAGCUAGGGUUGCAGCAGCAAAUGGCAAUAGGAAAGCAGUCAAAUAUGCUCGUAGGGAAGAUGCUAUUCUCCAUGCUCUUGAGAUUGAGAAUGCUCGACUAGAAAGGGAUCAACUUGAGGUAGCUUCUGCAUCAAAUAAUCUAGAGCCAGCCAGAGAAUCAGCAAGCAUGUCUCUUUCGGGAAAAGUAGAUGAGAAUGUCAUUGAUGAGGCUAGUGAUGCCAAUGAUUCAGGUUCUGGUUUGGUUCCGGACCAGAGUUCAGAUGUGGAUUCAGCACCCGAAUUAUCUCAAUCUGGAAUAUCUUUUGAAGAGCCGAAUCAUGUUGUUGAUGCAUCUAAAGUGUCAGCUGGCUUAGUUAAAAGGAGAAGAACACCGAAUGAUUCUGAGGAUGAUGGGACAGAAGGAACAAAACGAAUGAGAGGACUUGAGGACCUGGGAAUGGGCAUAGCAGAUUCUAAUGUCGGUAAUGGCAAUCCUGUAAAUGCAAGCAGCAAAGUUUAUUGUCCCUCCUUGAAAAGAAAGAGAUCACAAGUGGCAAAUGUCCAUGAGUUCUUGAAAAAGAGAAAUCGUCGCAGGCCUUUGACUAAGGUUCUGGAGAGUACAGUCAUGGUGUCUGUUCCCAUAAGCUGUGACCAAGUUCCCAGUACUAGUGGUUCACCCAUUGAAGGGUUGUCGGACAGCAAGGUCUCUGGUUUGGAAUCUAAUGAAUCUAAAAAGGGUCCAUUUGCGGGCAAUAACAACAACUCUGAUAGCACGGUGGUUUCAUGUGAGAAUGGCGCCGUCUCCCUGAGUCCUCCUGGACAUGCUGCUUGUGAUGAUUCUCUCACUGCCAAGGUGGCAGAAGAGAAUGAUAAAAUUGGUGCAGCAGGGUUAGCUGAGGAUGGCUCUUCAGAUCAGUUGCAUGAUGUGCCAUUUGCCGGGGUGGACAAACUCACUACAGGUCUCUCACCAACACUCGCCUCAUCUUCAUCCCGAAUCCAUCUAGUUGGUGUAUCAGGUGGGCAAUCUAGUCCAACUUGUCUAGCAGAAGCUGCACCAUUGCAAAAUGAGUCUGGUCCGACAACUUCGGCAGCAGCGAACAAUAUCAACAACCAGAGGAUAGAGGAAGGUACUUCAAAAUGGCAACUAAAAGGAAAGAGGAAUUCCAGACACACAAAGCGCGGAAAACAAACUUCUUCCCGAAAAUACAUGGACUUGGACGACGCAACUCCUGCUCAUUACCCAGUAGUUCUGGACCACUCAGAAGGACUCAAUCAAACUUCCCAAGAUGCUUCACUCGGUUUUGUUGCUAAAGAUGAGCUCGAUGGGUUUCAGGAUUGGAACAGGUCUAUUGCUCUACCGCCUCAGAGAUCGCUUCCAUAUCGACAGUCACGAUUCAUGCUCAACUCCAGGUAUGAAUCGGCAGACUUCCCCAUCCGGAAAGUCUUAGGCGAUGAGAAACUGUACGAGGUGAAGCUUGAAGUGAAAUCCAACUACCGGCCACAGCACGUUCCGUUAGUUUCCUUGAUGAGCAAGUUCAAUGGUAAAGCGAUUAUAGGUCACCCUUUGACGGUUGAGGUUUUGGGCGAUGGUGCUUGUGAUCAUAUGGUGGGAUCUACUACAACUGGAUCAUCUGUUGCUGCAACAACUUCUGCAGCCAUUAGUGAAGCUCCUGAAUUGGGUUGGAAAAACUCGUGUGGUAGUGGUGGGAGACGUGGUGGCAAGCGUAUAUCAAGGAAGAGGCGGCUUAAGAGGAAAGGCAGCAAGUUGAGGAAAUCCGGGUUAUUAUCUAAAAAGAUCAGGAAGCUAUCUUCACUCACAGGGAAGAAAAUGGAAGGAAGAGAAGCUGCCUUAGUGGAGAAGGCAAAUGGCGCUGUAAUAGCUUGUGUCCCACUCAAGUUAGUGUUCAGCCGGAUAAACGAGGCAUUGAAUGGUUCUGCUGCAUCAUGACAACCACAAGUACACCUUGGUUUACAUUCUUCGGGCGACUUGUGAGAUCAGCAGCAAUCACAUCAUUUGUGUGAUCAUUUUUCUUUUUGAUUGAGUGGUAGAAGAGAGCAGAAAUAACAUUUCUUGUUGGCGAGUUCCAGCUCUCUGUUUGUGUAAAUAUGUAACAGUAGUUGAGUGAGAUAUAUGGUUGUGUAAAGCUGGGGAAAGAGCAUGCAAAAGCCAGAUAGUAAUUCAGCAGGCACCUUGGAUCUGAUAUGGUAGUUUUAGGUUUUGAUGGGAUUGGUUAAAGAGAGCUUAAUAACUUUGGAUUUGGCCACUGCCCACAUGUCAGGUCACUUAAUCCAAACAAAAAGGGUAAAAGAAGAAGAAAUAAUCCUUUCAUUGUUUCAUCACUUGAUUAAAGAAUAAGCCCUAACCCUCAGGGGAUGCAAAUUUGUUGCCACUGCAGGUCUCAUGUUGCCUUCAGUGUCAUUUCAGAAAUUAUUGGUGUGAAACGGUUGAACAACGAUCUAAUUACAAAAUAUACUAUCAGCUGGUUUAAGAUAAGGCAAUGCUCAUCUGAGAGUCCUUACUGGUGAAUUACUACAAAACCAGCAACCCUGCGUAGAGAGGGAGAGAGAUGGAGUUGCCUGCGAUUAUAACGAAGGUAUGCUUCCAUUAAUGGAUGAUCGAUUUUUCUUGAACUGAAAAGGUAGGCGCUCUUGAAUUAAGUAAUAUCUAGUGGUGAUCGAUGUGAUUUCUUGGACAGUUCAAGAUCAGAGGUUGGCAAGAUAGGUGUUGUGAUUUGCCAUGACAUGUGUUUUCCUGAACUAGCAAUGCUCUACAGAGAUCAAGGUUCAGUUCUAACAAAUGAAGCUUUCUCGUCCUUGAUUUUGUGGCUUGUAAAUUUGGAUUGAGAUGCAGUUACGAGAUAGCUACAGGGGUCGGCAUAAUCUGCUAUCCUGGGGCAUUCAACAUGAUCACAGGUGAAUUGCUCUGGGAACUGGUUCAGAGAGCAAGGUCUGGAUAUCAAAAUCAUUGAAAUUCAUGUUCCUGAAUAUGUUAUGGAAAUUCCAUCUCUCGUAACAACUUCAUCCUUUCCAUAUUCAGGGCAUUUAGACAAUCAGGUACAUCACAACAUGCAUCAUCUUCAUCUCAUGUCCCACAAUCUGCCGUUUUCUUGGGUUAUACAAGAAACAAGUUGAAAACCAACUUAUGGUUCAAUGUUGCUUGUAGCAACAUGUUCACCUUCACGAUGCGGGAUACACCAUCUGGGGUCACUCCACUCUCGUUGGAUCGGUACUGCUAACUCGAUCAUUUGACUGCUGCUGUUGUUUUCUUUCUACCAUUGCGAAUUCAGUUAAGAGAGAGGGUUCAGAGAAGUGAUUCAUGGUGUGUUGUGGGAUAAUGCAGUUCGGGGAGAUGACUGCUACUUGUGGCCAUGAAGAUACGGUGGUAGUUGCUGAGGCUGACUUUUUUUUUUUUUUUUGUGUGUCAAAGAGAUUCUCAAAAGGUAACAGCUAGAUACGAAUUGGAAGCCUUUUCAGGUAACUGUAAUAACACAUAUAAGAGAAAGGGACGACGGUCGACAAAUAGCCGAACCAUCGAUAAGAGAGCCUUUUCGUCACGUAACGAGCAACUCUUUAUGCCUAUACGACAAGGACAAUGUCCAUGAUUCUUAUCCUGUAAAAGGGGAAAUCAUGAAACUAACCAUGCUGAAAAUGAAGCAGAGGAGCAAACCGUUCCAAUCUAGGCAGGAAGAAACUGUUAGUUGUAUAGACCGUCUUUAGUCUUAGUACGUAAGUUGUGUAGCCCAAUAGCCUUGUUAGUUGAGUUAGACGCAUGCAACCUCGAUAGCCCACGUUGUAGACGUAGAUGAGUGGUGCUAGGGUUCGGCGGUGAAAGGGUAUUUGUGUGUAGUUCGUGUCCAUCUGCAGAGUUAACAAACACAAUCUGUAAGA